AUGCGACCUCACCCGAUACUAGCCGUGAACGUCAAUCAGCAAAAGGUGGCCUGGGGUGCGGUGACCUUGGCCUGCUUGUAUAGGCAGCUCGGAAUGGCAUCUAGGGCUGGUUGCAAGACCAUUGCGGGAUGCCUGACAUUGCUCCAGACAUGGAUCUAUGAGUACUUUCCCGCUUUCCGCCCUCAUCCUCGCCGAGAAGAUGUGCCAAACAUGACUAGGGCGGAGAUGUGGUCAACGAAGAAACCAUGUCGUGAGGUGGACAGGCUGAGGGACUGCCGCAGGGUUCUUGACUCAAUGACGGAGACUCAGGUGGAAUGGACUCCGUACAUUUCUGCUCCUAGUGCGUUGCUGAAUGAGCACCCACGCACCUUCAUCAUCAGGGGUAUCACGUGCUUUGAUAUAGUCGAGGUGUAUUUGUCGGAGCAGACUUUGCGACAGAUCGGGUUCGUGCAGGCUAUUCCCCCCGCUCCUAUGAGACCAACCAAGGCUCUCCGACCGGCACACGGCACCUACUCUGUGACCUUUGCUUCUUCUGCUGUUUAUUUGGAGACAUGGACCCCUGACAAAGGCCCGACUGCAGAACCUGGUCCUUCUCAGAGCAGAGCGGAAUACUUCCUCAAUGAAUGGCCCAGUCGAUUCGCUCCAGUGGCUAGGCUACCUCCUUCGCUCGCGGAUAUGAACCCCCGUCAACGACAUGCGAUAACUCAUACUUAUAAUAUAGGAUUCACAUCAAGAUAUGUUCACAACAAUUUCAUCAAGGGAAUGAAAUAUGCAAGGUCCUUCCCUUCUUAUGCAAGCACAGUUAGGGGUCUAAAAACCUCAAGAAAACUAAAGGUCACACCAGUUAACGCGAUGGUAAACAAAUUGAAGAAAUACACGAUGCCUCUUAACCCCUACCCAAAUUCCCCAUGA